UAUUACUAACAUCAGCUGCCUCAAUAAAUGCCCGGAAUGAAUCAAUUUCCUUUAUAAGCCAGCAAACAAAGACAAUGCCCGGGGACUUAUCAUCCGCAGUGGCUACAACCAGUAACAUCAUCGCUAAUACCACUUCAUUUGUUGCAAGUGCAAACCAGCAACAACAAAACCGAACAAAUUUACCACAACCCAACCAACAGCCGGUAUUACCAACAUUACAACAACAACAGCAGCAACAACAAACUUUAGAAAAUCCUUUACAAAUCCUGGAAAACAACAACAAUAACAACAGCCCACCUCAAUCGACCAGCGAAAGAACAAAACAAGUAACAAAACCCACUACCAAGAUUGCCAUCACUGGCAAUGAUCCCGCAGAGGCCAAAGAUCAAAUACUUCUUAUGGCGCCCAAACAGAAACGACAACAACGGGGUCAUCAGUUGCCGCAAUAUUUAACCUCGACUCAAGGAACCUCAUUCGUUGUGAAUGCAACAACCGCAUUCGAUGCUCCGGCGGCCCACAAACUGAAUGCCUUCCACCACACUGCCACUUCCAUGGUAGGUGGACGUUUAAUUGUGCCCAUGGAUGAUACGCAAACACAUCAUCCGCAAUUGCCACCACCACCGUUGCCUUUUAAUCGCCCGAAUGGUGGUGGUGGUUCUACGGGUUUGAACAGCGCCAGUAUAUCGGAUGAUUUCAAUGAGCUGACGCCAUUCGCUGCGAAACGUAAUACAAUGCCAGUUUUUGACUAUGGCAUGCCACAGAAUAUAACCGCGCGAACGGGUCACAUGGAGGCAGUGCUUAAAUGUCGUGUUGACAGAAUUGGCGAUAAAUCGGUUUCUUGGAUACGAAAACGUGACUUGCAUAUAUUAACCGUUGGAAAAACCACCUACACUUCCGAUAAUCGUUUCUUGGUGACAGAAUCCAAGGACUCCCGUGAAUGGACGUUACAUGUAAAAUCUCCACAAGUACGUGAUAGUGGCAUUUAUGAAUGCCAAGUGAAUACCGAACCGAAAAUGUCGAUGGCAUUUCAGCUGAAUAUUAUUGAAAUAUCAUCAGAUGCCCAAACCAUUAUAACCGGUCCAAGUGAUUUAUAUGUCAAAGUUGGCAGUGUCAUUACGCUCACCUGCCUCGUAAGCCAACCAUCGAUUAAGGAUAUUGGUCCGAUUCAUUGGUAUCGUGGCGAACAUUUGCUUAUGCCGUUUGCGGCUACAGAUGAAACGGCACCACAAAGGAAUUACUUUGUCACACCUGCUGCCUUGACAAAUAUGUAUGACAAUAAUGUCGAUGAUGAUGACGACGACGAUGACGAACACAUGUCACAGAAUGGGAACAAUGAAAUAACAUUGGAUUUCAGGCAACGCGUUGCCAUGGAACAGAAAUUGUGCGAUACAAUAAAAUCAAAGUUGCGGAUUUCAAACGCUCAGAUAUCUGAUUCUGGAAAUUAUACAUGUCAACCAACAACGUCGAGCAGUGCCAGUGUGACGGUUCAUGUUAUUAAUGAUGAAAAUCCAGCUGCCAUGCAAAAGGGCGGAACGGCCGGUGGGAGGAGCUUAUGAGCUGCUGAUGUUGUUGUAUACCUUAUUCUGAGUAGUUGUCACAUUUUAGUGCAACUUG